AUGGCAAGGAAGCCUUGGGAAGAUGAGGGUGAUUAUGGCCUCAUGUGGAAGGAAAGAGCAGCUCAGAAGACAGGCAGGCACAAGUGCCUGCAGAGGCUUCUGAAGUGGCCCAAACUCCUAGAAAUGGCAUUGGCUAAUGGCCGAGACCAAUGGCCUAAGGAAGACAUUGUGAUGUUACUGGACCGCCUGAAGAAUAAUCUGCCAUCUAAUGACGAACACACAUUCAAAACUACCCAGUCACGUAUGGAUUGGGGAAAAGUAGCUUUUAAAGGUUAUUCUGGUGAAAUGUGCAAACUCAAGUGGUUAGACAUUUCUAGGAAGAUAAGAAAGUAUCGGACUCUGACAGAAUUAGUCCUGGAAGCUAAGGAACAUGUUAAAAAUUCCAAAAAAAGCAAAAGGUACAAGAAACAUCCAGACAUGCCCAAGCAGCCCCUGACUUCUUACAUGCGCUUUUACAAGGAGAAGCGGCCUGAGUAUUCCCAAAUGCACCCCAAACUCAACAACCAGGAACUGACCAAGGUCAUGUCUGAGAAAUACAAGGCGCUCCCAGAGGAGAUGAAGCUGAAAUAUAUGGAAGACUUUCAGAAGGAGAAACAGCAGUUUCAGGAGAAACUGGCUCAGUUCAGGAAAGACCACCCUGAGCCUGAGCAGAACUCCAAGACCUCUGUUGUCUCCAAAGGGAGCCGAAGAAGCAGAGCCCACAAGAAGUUUAAGAGAGAUGAAAAAGAACUGAAGUCUUCCCAGGAAAAUGAUCUUUGGGGGGACAUAAGAUUUCGUGGAGAGCCUGAGAAGCCCCCCAUGAAUGCAUACCACAAGUUCCACCAGGAUGUGUGGUCCAGUGAGGAGCUGCAAGGCCUGCCCCCGAUGCAGCGCAUGGUGGAGAUUUGCAGACUCUGGCAGCGUGUCCCAGUGGACCAGAGGGAGCUUUAUGAGCAGCAGGCUGAGGAGCUGCAGAAACAGUACACGGUGGACCUGGAUAAAUGGCUCAAGACUCUGUCUCCUGAAGAGUAUGCUGCCUUUAGAGAGAGAAGCGCUGGGAAGCGUAAGAUAAAAAUGCGUAGAGGCCCAGACCCCAAGAUCAUCAAGACAGAAGUGCAAUCUCCAUCAGCAAGGACUCUGCAAGAAGGGCUUGCACAGAACCAGGGGCCGGAUCCCGGAAUGGCAUCUUCAGAGACAAAUGGGGACAUUUCUCAUGCCUCGCGGGGUUCUGAAGGAAAGAAGGAGCAUGAGGAAAAGGCAGAAAGCAGCAGCUCCUCAGACUCCUGCAGUAGCUCCUCAGACUCCAGCAGUAGCUCCUCAGACUCCAGCAGUAGCUCCUCAGACUCCAGCAGUAGCAAUGAAGACGACAGCAGCUGCAGCUCAUCUUCCUCAGGGGACACCUCUGACUCAGACUCCAACUGA